UUAAAAAUGGCAGAGGUCGCGAACCAAUACAGCAGCAAAAACUUGAAACGAAAACGCAAACACAGUCGAAACCCGCAUUCAAAGGAUUGGAAUAAAAAGAAAAAAAUUGAACCUGGAAAGGGAAACCGAGAAGUGAAAAGAACGCAGAUUAUCCAACCUCAAUUACCAAAAACCGCCACAGAAAUAUCGUCUAACUGGAAGGCUUUGCAAGCGUUACUAGAGAGAGAGAAAAAUGCCAAGGAAACCACUGGAGAUAAAAAAAGAAGACAGAAGAAAACAUUAAAGAGAACUCUGAAGCCAAAUCUUAAAUCAGAAAACACAACAAGUUCAAGUGAAGUGUGGUUUGAUGAUGUGGAUCCAGAAGACCUUGAGGAAAUUACUGGGAAAAAAACAAAGUCAAAGACAACAAUUGGAGAUCCACAUGAUAUGCUAGUAACUGGCAGUCCGGAAGGGAUAACAAAAAGGAUUGCACUGGACUGUGAAAUGGUAGGAGUUGGGUCUGAUGCAAAGAGGCACAUGUUGGCACGAGUAUCCAUCGUUAACUCACAUGGUCACGUGGUCUAUGACUCGUUUGUGGCACCACAGGAGAAAGUGGUUGAUUACCGCACUCAUGUCAGUGGAAUUAGACCUGAAAAUUUAAAAAAUGCUCCAGAAUUCAAGACAGUUCAACUUGAAGUUUCAAGAAUACUUAAAGAGAAAAUCCUUGUUGGACAUUCCUUGAAGAAUGACCUUGAGGUACUGCUACUUGAUCAUCCAUGGAAAAAUAUACGAGAUACUGCCAAGUAUAAACCAUUCCAAAAACUAGUUAAGACUAAAACCCCUUCACUAAGAAAACUUGCUAAGCAGUUACUGAAUAUCAGCAUUCAAGAAGGAGAACAUUCUUCUGUACAAGAUGCACAGGUAGCAAUGAAGCUCUACACUUUGCACAGAAAACAGUGGGAAAGACAAUUACAUGAAGCUAAAGUAAAGCCCUCUAAGAAAGCACUUGUA